CUCUCUCUCUCUCUCUCUCCAAUUCUUGUUCGGUGUGUAGAUAAACACUCCUUCGGAUCCUCUAAUCCUCCCCCACGCUCUCACGCCGUUUCUUUUCCGAAUUUCAAAACUCUCUCUCUCUACAAUGUCGACGUUCUCACUCCUCUCUCUCUUGACGCCUCUCUGCGAUUCCUCUAGCAAGCCAUUCUCUCUCUCCUUCUCCAGAUUCGUUGAAUUUUGUUGUCUGUAUCUGAUGGAAUUGCUUCGAGCGAUGAGUGCAUCUACUUUCUUGAUUUCUCAUACUCCUAUGCAUGCCUAUAGUUUUUGUUUUUAGUUUCUCAUAUGCGUCGAUUUCUCAUGCUUUCACUACAACUUAGGUGCGUGUAUAUAUAAUUUAUAUAGGGCUGCUGCUGCUUCUUCAUCUUCAUCUUCAUUUUUUUUUUUUAAUUACUGUUUUUAACGUUAUGUUCAUGCGGCAUUAACCUAUCGGCUGUCACAUGUAUCACGUUUUUGCUUAUUAUGUGUUUCUGUUUUUGUUUUUCGUUGAGGAAAAUUUCCGUUUCAUUAUUUUUUGGUUUCUUUUCUAUUUCAGGUUGAUGCAAACAGAGAGAGCAAAAACUUUAGCCCCUUUGCAGUUCUGGACUAAGGCCCUUUGAAGCCCGAUGACUAUCUGGCUUGGAUGUUCUUUUCCAGCUUUAUUUUUUGGGUAAUUAGUAAAUGGCUUACAGGUAGUGUUAGGGAAAUAUGUUGUGGAUUUUAUUUUCAUAGAUUAGUUUCCUCGUGCUCGGCGGCUGUAUAGCGAGAUCCAUAGCUGGCGGCCGGAAAACUUAAGCGCUCCCAGUGCUGUCGAAGUACAUGGUUCCGAUCCUCAUUUUGGCUAAGGGAGAGAACCUAAGGACGUCGAGGGAGGCGGCGAUAGUGGUGCCGUAGAGGUACGGGCAGCCGUCACCUAUUGCAGGAAGGAAGGAGCCGUCGCCAAGCACGAGGAAGCUGUCGAUUUCGCCGGGGAGGAGGUUGUCCGGCGGGAUUAGGGUUUCGCCCUUCGGGUUGGAUUCGGCUUAUAAGAAGAAGAUGGCGAGCAUAGCUGCUGGGAUUUCAAAGGUUUCGGGGGCACUUGUGGGGUCGGGGAAGGGGAGUAGGAAUAAUUGGGAUGGGUUACCGGUGGAGUUGGUCGGUCGCAGCCUCUGUUGAGGUGAAAGAGAAGGGUUCUACCAAGAACAAGCCAGAUUUGCAAGCUAUUUUGCGAACUCAACUGUUGAAGGGCCUGUUAUUCUAGAUGAGAAAAAUACUACUGUCAACCAUAUUGGAGUGGCAUGACGCAGAAAUUGCAUGUUUUGUUAGUAAGGAAAAUGCUUCUGACGAAGGUCCUGUAAGUGCUGUCAAUACUUCUGGUGGAUUUGAUUCCUUUCUUGAUCUUUGGGAUACAGCCCAAGAAUUCUAUUUUGACAUUCACUUUAGCAAAAGACAGAAGGGGAAUUCCAGUGUCCCUUUUGAAAUACACGGCAUAGCAAUCUGUUGGGAAAAUUCUCCAGUGUACUAUGUCAAUCUUCCUAAGGAUCUAUUUUGGUUUAAGAGAAGGAAUGAUACCUUGUCCAUGAUUAUUUCUGGUGAUGGUGAUGAUGUUUUGGCACCGAAGCAUUGGUUUGAAUUUGCAAUGCAAAAAUGGAAUAGGAUUGUAAUGAUCAUGGAGAGAAAAGAUGUGAAAAAGUUUACUUGGAACUUAAAAGUUCAGAUUCAGGUGUUUAAAGUUCCUGCUGUUUCCAUUCAGAGAUUAGGUAGCCUGAAUCUUGCUGUGAAAACUUUGGGUCUUGAACUUCUUGACAGCUCAUACCAAUGUUCUAAAAAUUGCUAGGCGCUAGUCGGGCGGAAGAGGGGCGCCUAGUGCCUAGGUGUUGACUAGUCGGCCGCCUAGCACCUAGGUGGGGCCUAGGCGCCCGACUAGUUAGCUGUCUAAUCUAGGCGUUGAACCACCGCCUAGCACCUAGGCGGGGAGUAAUUGGCCUAGGCGGCCGACUUUUAGAACACUGGCUCAUACUAUGUGUUGUCCCCGCUUUUCGUAUGGGAUGGACUCGACAUGUGCAUUGUAGCAUGGAUCUUGUGGCCUGACGAGGAGAGAAGCUCCAACUCCAAUCUGGAAAAGGCAAUUAAGAAAAGGUUAUCUAGUGAGGCUGCAACGGCUGCUAGUCGGAGUGGUAGAUGGAAAAA